AUGACUUCUUACCAGCAGAGAGACAAUGGGGAUGGUCCUACUGAUCUUACCACAAAAGUCCCACACUUUUUCAAGAUUAUUAUGCCUGAAAGUCUUGAAGAAGGAAAGCUUCGGAUUCCAAAGAAGUUUAUAAGCAAAUAUGGAGUUGAUCUGUCAGAUAUGGCCUUUCUUACGAUUCCAAAUGGUACAAAAUGGAAAGUGAAGUUGACAAAACAUGAUGGGGAGGUUUGGUUUCAAAAUGGCUGGUGGGAAUUUGCAAGCUGUCAUGCUCUAACCAUGGGGCACUUGCUAGUUUUUAGAUAUGAAGGAAAUUCACAAUUUUCUGUACUCAUAUUUGAUGCCACUGCAACAGAAAUAGAGUAUCCUUUAGAUGAUCAACCACAAGUUCGUAGGAUGGAAGACAAUGAGAGUGAUGAUAACUCCAUUGAAAUCAUGGAUGGCUUUAUGCCAAGCCAAAAAAUAGAGGAGAAACCACCAUUACCAUGCCCUCUGCCUCAUAAAAGGGCAAAAACCAAUCCAAAGCAAGCAGGGGAUACACAUUUCAGACCUGAAGGACCGAAAUCUAAAGGGUCAAUGUUAGAGAAAUCAAAAAUGGUGUUUUGGGGAUCAGCUCAUGGGGUUGGAGGAAAUCGAGUAGGAUGCAAGAGCGGCCCGUUAGUUAAACUUGAAUCUAAUUGCUCACUCGAUGAUGUGUCUUACUCACAUGACCAAUGUCCUAAGAAAGAUGGUGGUGUAGUCGAAAAUCUUGUGAGAGCCAAUGCUUUUAAAUCAAAAAAUCCCCUUUUCACGGUUAUCUUUCAUCCAUCAUACGUUAAUGGCAAGGAUCGUGCGAGCUUACCCCAUUGCAUUAUCAACUACUUACCGAGAGAAGGCUUUACCAAGGACUACACCAAAGGAAGUAUACUCACUGUGAAGCUCCAAGUUGUGGACCGAUUAUGGCCUGUCAAGUUAUACGUUUAUGAAGGAAAAUACUCAUCAUCUGUCGUAUCUGCUAGUUGA